UGUUGCAUUUCUGUCAGAAGUCGGUGGUGUGUUAUAAGAAAAUUUAUUUUGUAAUCAAUUUCUAAAUAAAAAUCGCAAAUUUUAUUUUAAAUUUUCCUUAAAACAGUAAAUUCACAAUGCAUUUAGCACGACGUUUACAACAUUUGCCCAAAAAUGUGAAUGUGCGCUUGUUAAAAACCACCACAAAAGUGGCAGCGGCUACAUCAAGCAGUUCGGAAGAAAAAAUUGUCAUACCCAAUCGUAUACACAGGUCUCCCACAGAUAUUUUACAAGCUUUGUCCGCCACCGUGGGUAGGGAUACCACAGGUCCUCAUUAUAAAUACCACGAUGAUCCCUUUUUAAUACCCAACUCGAAUGUCGCCAAGCGCACAUAUGCCAUGGCCCAAGAGUCAGGUCGUAAAGCUGCCAAAUGGAUUAAAGAUGAACAUAGGCAAUUAUUUCAGCAUCAAGAAGCCCAACCUUCAAUUGAAGCUUUUGCUCCCAAAAUGGUUUUCACCGAAGAAUCUGAGGUUUCUGGCCAAACACUCGAGCAAUUGAUUAAACAAUCUGAAAUACAGGAUGCUAUUUUUGUUUAUAACCUCAUGAAACAAAAGGGAGUAGAGAUUAGUGCUGAACAAAGACAAAAACUUUUAGAAUUGAUUUCAUUCUAUAAUAAUGAAGAACCUUUGCCGGAAGAGUAUUACGAGGAACGUUGGUUUAAGCAAAACAAUGAGGCUCAACAGCGCCAUCGUAAGACCUGGAAGGAUGGUGAUUUAGCUGAGCAGAUUUUUAAUGAAAUUGAACCCAAAACAGCCAAUACUUAUGCGGCUAUAAUAAGAGGCAUGGCUAAAUAUUAUCAGGCCGAACGAGCAUACGCCCUCUUCCAGGAGGCAAUGGAAAAACAAUUUCAAUUGGACACUGAAACCUACAAUUCCAUUAUUAGCAAUGUCAACUUCAUCAAGGAAAACGUUGAUCAACGUUGGGAAUUAUGCAAAGAUCUGCUGCAACAAAUGAAACAACAACAAUUAAAGCCUAAUUUGGGCACCAUGAACUCUUUGUUGGAGUGCAUUAGCACUUUUGGCAAUUAUAAGUUGGCACGUAACUCUGCUCUACAAGUUUUAUCGGAAUUCAAAAAGUUGGAUAUUAAUACCAGCCUGGGAACAUAUUACUAUGUGCUCAUCAUCUUUUGCCGCGAAAGAGGUCCCGUAUCACAUGUUAUUGUGGACAUUUUAAAAGAAAUUGAAGGUCAAGAAUUUAAGAUACAACAUCCCAGAGAUACAUACUUCUUUACCACUGCCAUGGAUGUAUGUCGCAAUCAUUUACAUGAUCGUUCUUUGGCCAAAAAGGUCAAUGACUUGUUGCUCACGGGCAAUAACUAUGAUUUGAUUGGUGACACCUACAAGGAGGCCAUUUACUAUAGACAUUACUUUGCUUUGAUCAGUCAAACCUCUACCAUAGAAGAGUUUAUGGAAAUUUAUGAUUUGUUGGUGCCCAAUAUUUAUAUACCCGAACCGGGUAUUAUGGAGGAAAUUUUAAAAAUGAUCGAAGUCAAUGUUGCCUUUGAAUUGAUGCCUCGUUUAUGGUCUGAUAUGGUUGUAUUUGAUCAUAUCAAUCGUGAGAGUCUCUUGACACGUACGCUGAAAAUUAUGAUUUCCAACAAACCCGAUAUUAGUAAAAAGCACCAAGAACAAUUGCCCGAACAGUUCGCUAAAGUGGCUUUAGAUAUUUACAACAAAGUCGAGGAAUCCGAAAGUAGACAGAAGAAAUUAUCAUUUACCGGCCACAUGAUCGGUGAUAUUUUGUCGCUGUUGGUGCGUGGCAAUAAUUGGGAAAAGGCUGUCGAAGUUUUUGCCAACAUAGAUAAAAAUCAACAUCGUAUUCCUGGCACUCCCUCGGAAGCUUGUCUUAUGGAAUACAUUGAGGGCUCCAUAGAAAAUAAGGCUCCUUCUCAGGCUUUAAUGUGUCUGCAAUAUGCUGUUGAAAACAAUAUGGAUGGCUUGGUGUUGGCUCAGCGUAUCAAUAAGGGAUUUACCCUGAAUGAGGUGCAUCUGUCAAAGAUUAAAUCAUUGGUAGGUGAUAGUUUUUUAAAGGAAUAAUUUAAUAAUGUAUGUAUGUUUUUUUUAAAUUUAGAGUAGUUUAUAUAGAUGAAGAUGUAUUGUUUGUUGUUGAGAAGGAAGAAAUAAAUAUUGCACGAAAAGUUA